AUGGUGGUGGUGCUUAGGCAAUCUACUCCAGUGGACAUAGCGAGGGAUGGCUACGACCAGGGGCUGACCUGGGACGAUCUGCAGAAGGCUAGCAACGCUGUGCAGCCCAGGAUGUUUGGCAAGCAGGCAAUGUCAACACAUCUUGCGGAGCGCAACCUGAUUCUCGAGCGUUUACGCGACCUCCACUCAGCGUUAGACACUCGACCAGCCGAAGAGAAACAGGCACCGGCGCCAGCUGCCAUGAAGACUGAGCUGAUGCCGCAUCAGAAACACGCGCUGGCUUGGUUAAGGUGGCGAGAGGGGCUCAACCCUCGUGGCGGGAUCCUGGCGGACGACAUGGGUCUCGGCAAGACCAUCACGAUGAUCUCCUUGAUCGCGGGCGACCGGGAGAUCGCUGAUGAUGGGGAGGAGUCAGACGACGAUGAUGAUGACAGACCUAAGGGCAAAUUAACGAAAGGCGGCACACUAGUAGUAUGCCCGGCAUCGCUCAUGAGCCAGUGGGAGGGAGAGGUGAAGAAGCACUGUCUCCCUCACCGCGUCACCACGGCGCUGCACCACGGCGCCGCGCGCGCCACGCAGCCGCAGCGGCUCGCGCACACCGACAUAGUGUGCACUACCUACAACAUCCUGCAACGGGACAGUGAGAAGAACGGAGUCCUAAUGUGCAUGUCCUGGCGUCGAGUAAUCUUAGACGAAGCUCACAUCGUCCGCAACCACAAAAGUGCCACCUCCCGCGCCGUGUGCGGGUUGAAGGCCCGAAGACGCUGGGCGCUUACCGGCACUCCUCUACAUAACAAGGACUUAGAUCUGUUCGCGCUGCUCAAGUUCCUUCGGUGUACACCUUUCGAUGAUCUUGCGAUGUGGAAGAAAUGGAUCGACAACAAAAGCCAGGGCGGGCAAGAGAGGCUCAGCACUAUCAUGCGCUGCAUCAUGCUACGAAGAACCAAGGCGCAACUACAAGCUAAAGGACAACUGAAGGAUCUGCCGGCGCGAACCGCACACCAGUGCCACGUGACACUCACUAAAGAGGAAAUGAACGUCUAUCAAAAAGUAUUAGUGUUUUCGAAGACGCUAUUCGCCCAGUUCCUGCACCAACGCGCCGAGAAAGACGCCGACGGCGGCGGCUUCGCGCCGCGCGGCGCACAGAAGGACUCUGCCUACUACGAGAUGCACAAAAAAAUGAUUGCACUACAAGGAGCGAAACCCGUCAAAGCUCACGAGAUCUUGGUACUGCUCCUACGGUUACGUCAAGUGUGCUGCCACUGCGGGCUGAUAGCCGCCAUGUUGGACGCGGACGACACCGGCGCCAUCGAGGAGGAUGAAGGGGGAAAAGACCUGUUAGCGGAGCUGAAUAAACUCACUCUAGAGGACGCUAAUAAGUGCUGCCACUGCGGGCUGAUAGCCGCCAUGUUGGACGCGGACGACACCGGCGCCAUCGAGGAGGAUGAAGGGGGAAAGGACCUGUUAGCGGAGCUGAAUAAACUCACCCUGGAGGACGCUAAUAAGUGCUGCCACUGCGGGCUGAUAGCCGCCAUGUUGGACGUGGAUGACACCGGCGCCAUUGAAGAGGAUGAAAGGGGAAAAGACCUGUUAGCGGAGCUAUGGAAUAAACUCACCCUGGAGGACGCUAAUAAGCACCUCUACAACAGCGCCAGAGAAGAAGGCACGACGGCAGCCGAGGCGAUCCGGUCCGUCCUCUCUCCGAACAACCCCGUGUUCCAACUUACAACACGCUCCUCUAAGAUCAAAGCAGUCAUGGACUGUCUUAAGAAGAAUGUGCUGGUCAAUAAAGGUGAAAAAGCCGUGGUAGUGUCACAGUGGACGUCCGUGCUAAGUCUUGUAGAAGCUGAAUUGAAGCAAGAGCGAGUGAAGAGUGUUACACUGAGCGGCAGCGUACCUGUGCAAGCGCGCUCCGCUCUCGUCAACUCACUUAACGAUCCCAAAUCUGAUGUUAGGAUAAUGCUGCUCUCUCUAUGCGCGGGCGGCGUGGGCCUCAACCUGUGUGGAGCCUCACAUCUCUUGUUACUCGACCCGCACUGGAACCCGCAGCUGGAGGAGCAGGCGCAGGACCGGGUCUACCGCGUCGGACAGACCAAGCCCGUACACGUAUACAGAUUCAUGUGCGUGGACACAGUGGAGCAAAGCAUCCGCAAGCUGCAGGACGCCAAGCUAGAGAUGGCGGCCAACGUGCUCACCGGCGCCAGGCACACCAGCGCUUCUAAACUCAGCAUCGAAGACCUCAAGGUGCUCUUCAAUAUGGGCCAGCAGUAACUGGUUCAUGCACACGGUGGAGCCUACGCAAGCUGCAGGAUGCCAAGCUAGAGAUGGAGUCAGGCACACCAGCGCUUCUAAACUCAGCAUCGAAGACCUCAAGGUGCUUUUCAACAUGGGCCAGCAGUAACUGGUUCAUGCACACGGUGGAGCCUACGCAAGCUGCAGGAUGCCAAGCUAGAGAUGGAGUCAGGCACACCAGCGCUUCUAAACUCAGCAUCGAAGACCUCAAGGUGCUCUUCAAUAUGGGCCAGCAGUAACUGGUUCAUGCACACGGUGGAGCCUACGCAAGCUGCAGGAUGCCAAGCUAGAGAUGGAGUCAGGCACACCAGCGCUUCUAAACUCAGCAUCGAAGACCUCAAGGUGCUUUUCAACAUGGGCCAGCAGUAACUGGUUCAUGCACACGGUGGAGCCUACGCAAGCUGCAGGAUGCCAAGCUAGAGAUGGAGUCAGGCACACCAGCGCUUCUAAACUCAGCAUCGAAGACCUCAAGGUGCUUUUCAACAUGGGCCAGCAGUAACUGGUUCAUGCACACGGUGGAGCCUACGCAAGCUGCAGGACGCCAAGCUAGAGAUGGAGUCAGGCACACCAGCGCUUCUAAACUCAGCAUCGAAGACCUCAAGGUGCUCUUCAAUAUGGGCCAGCAGUAACUAUCGCAGGUUCAUGCACACAGUGGGGCACACGCAAGCUGCAGGACGCCAAGCUAGAGAUGGCAGCCAACGUGCUCACUGGCGCCAGGCACACCAGCUCUUCUAAACUCAGCAUCGAAGACCUCAAUGUUCUCUUCAACAUGGGGCAGCAGUAACUAUUGCAGGUUCAUGCCACACAGUGGAGCACACGCAAGCUUGUGAAGGUUUAGAUCUCAUACACUUGGCCAACAUGCUCUGCUGAAGAUAUGUAAUUGAGAAUAUCAUGUUUCGUUUCAACCGGACAGUAAGGUCUGUCAAUUUUAGCCCCAAUGGCUGCUGAAGAUCACAUAGAAGAGAAUCCAUUCUUACCUAGACACAGAGGGAGUUGAUACUCUUCAAGAUGGGACCAGACCACUAUUUUUCAGGGGUCCGGUUUGUAAAAUUAAAUUUCCAUGUUCGCUAUUUGGUGACCCCUGGACAAGUAAGCGAUGAGCUAUCAGCGAUAGGAACGGAACGAAUAAUAGAUACCUAGUCGCUUCGGUGUAAAUGAAAAGAGACGCGAUCAUAGCGCGAACCAGCUGAGGAGUGUCUUUUCAAAAGGGCUUAUUUCCACUUUGAACUUUUUUUGGGAAAUCGAGUAAAAACAUAAUUACACGGUAUUGAUUUUGAAAUUAAUAUUUAAUUUGCAAAAUUGUAAUAUUG